AUGCCACCUAAACGAGAAAGAAUGUCCUCAUCAUCCGAAAGAGAUCUCAAGCCAUUCGUCGAAGAACAAAAUGGAAAUGGAAAGAAGAAGAAAGUUGCCAGUUCACCAAGUAAAACCAAAACAUCUUGGACGUCAUCCGAAGAAGCCAAAUUCCGCCAAGGUAUCAACGCGAUUGUCAAGAAACAUCUUUGGAAUGAAUUGAAAUCUAAUCCUGAAAUGGUCAAGAGAGGUGCCAAUGGGGUAGCACAGCAUUGGAUCGCUAUGUACAAAAAGAUGUGA